ACACGCACCGGCGAAGCGUAACGGUCAUAUUUACGUUCCGAUUUUCAAUUCGUUCAACCUUACUCAUAAAUUAAUAACGGCCAUCAUUACCUUGAUUCUUUUCCGAUUGGGUUCAGGGCUUUAAUUUUUAGGGUUCUGAGACUGAGCGUGAAUUCCAAUGAUGAGUUUCGAGUUUCGAAAUGAUUAUUAUUGUUGUUGAUGAUUAUGGAAUAUUAGAAUUAGAAUUUUGGAAUUAACAAUGGUAGCUGCAAUUUCUACUGCGAUAAACCCCAAGCGAGCUCAAACUCCAACGAGGCCUCCUCUGUUACCCUCUGAAACGGACAAUGCAAUCGCUCCUCACAGGCCCAAAGCACGAGAAGUUACUUCUCGCUACAUGUCUUCUUCUUCUUCCUCUUCUUCUUCUGUUUCGUCCCCUCCGAGACGAUGCCAUGCGCCGCUGGUAACCAGGGCGGUGAAUUCAACUAGACAAAAGGCUACGCCGACGCCGCCGUCGACGCCGGCGGUCAAGCGGUCACAGUCUGUGGAGCGGAGGCGGCAAGGCACUCCUCGACCUAGUGUUGGUGGAACAGACGCAACGGCUGCUCAGAAGAUGCUUUUCACUUCGACGAGGAGUUUGUCCGUUUCGUUCCAGGGUGAGUCGUUCUCGAUCCAGGUUAGCAAGGCGAAGCCGGCGCCGCAGCCGCAGCCGCCGCAGAGUUUGAGGAAGAACACGCCGGAGAGGAGGAAGGCCACGACAACGACGCCGGGAAGGGGAGGAGGUAACGGCGGCAAUUCGGUUCAGACCGAGAAUCCGAGGACGCUGGAUCGGCACCGAUGGCCGGGAAAAUUGCAGCAGCAGCAGCAGCAGGCAAAUUGCAUGAACAGAAGCUUGGAUUGUGCUGAUGCCGUGAGAAAAUCGGAUGGACCGGGGAAUGUGGUUCGGUCGUUGCAGAAUUCAAUGGUGGACGUUCGAGCUUCUCUUGAUUCGACAAUGAGAUCGGAGAGCAACAAAAAUGGCGGAUCUAAUUUGCAGCCUGAGCCUGAGGCUGUUCCUUCUGAUAACGAAAGUGUGACUUCUGGUAGUUCUUCAGGAGCACAGGAAUGCGGAGCCAAACGAGCGAUUGUAGUGCCAGCGAGGUUCUGGCAAGAGGCUAACAAUCGAUUGAGGCGCCAAACGGACCCUCCAUCAUCUAGAAAUGGUGGAAUUGGAAAUAAAGCAAUGGUUCCUCCUAAGCUUCUGGCGCCGAAAAAGUUACAGUUGGAUAGUCCUGUAUCGUCUCCACGUGGAGUUGUGAAUAGCCGGUUACAAGGUUCUCCUAUUCGUUCUGCUGUUCGUCCUGCUUCUCCGAAUAAGCUAGCCACGCCUUCUGCGUGGUCUCCUUCCAGAGGGGUGAGCCCCUCUCGAGCCAGAAACGGGGUGGCUAGUAGUCUGAGUAAUAGGUUCGGCAUUGAGCCUUCUGUUUUGAGUUUUGCUGUUGAUGUUCCAAGGGGAAAGAUUGGGGAGAACCGGAUUAAUGAUGCACAUUUACUGAGACUCCUUCAUAACAGGCUCAUGCAAUGGCGUUUUAUAAACGCCAGAGCCGAUGUUACCCUCUAUGCACAAACAUUGAAUGCCGAGAGAAGCCUCUAUGAUGCAUGGAUAGCUACCUCGAAACUACGAGAAUCUGUUAGAGCCAAAAGAACAGAGUUACAGUUGCUGAAGCAACAGUAUAAGCUAAUAUCCAUCCUGAAGGAGCAAAUGAUGUAUUUGGAAGAUUGGGCCAUUUUGGAUCGGGUGUACUCUAGUUCUCUUUCAGGAGCUAUUGAAGCGCUAAGGGCUAGCACUCUUCGCCUUCCUGUUGUUGGCAGGGCCAAGGCAGACCUGCUGAAAGUGAAGGAUGCUAUUUGUUCAGCAAUGGAUGUGAUGCAGGCAAUGGCAUCCUCUAUAUGCCUAUUGUUACCGAAGGUUGGAGACGUGAAUUCGCUGGUGGUCGAAGUUACCAACUUAAGUGCAAAGGAGCGCGUUUUGCUUGAAGAGUGCAAAGACCUUUUGUCAAUGAUUACAACCAUGCAGGUUAGAGAGUGUAGCUUGAGAACGCAUAUUUCACAACUGAAAUGCUUAUUACCCAGAAGCCCAACAAUGAAAGUAACGAGCAAAUAACUACAUUGUCUGACCUGCCUACUUUCGGUGCUAACAUCAUAACAUAGGAGUGGUUAUUUUGGCCUUGAAUUCAAUACAUGAAAUUGUCAUGGUGAUUGAUCAUAUGCAAACACAGUGAGCAUUGGAGUUUGUCGUUCUUAAAUUGGAGUUAAUUAGGAUACAGCUUUUUUUCUUUUGAAAAAAAAAAAUCCUGUUCUUGCCUUUUUCCCCUUUUCUCCUGUAA